AUGGGAAGCUUGGAUUUGGCUGCAAGAAUUGACCCAGCACCAGCACAAAUUGCAGCAAACAGGGCAUGGCCUUUGCCCGUACGUGCCCUAAAGGAGAAGACAAAGAAGGCCAGCAGUGCCCCCAUUCAUAUUCCAGAUGGCCAUUUGUACACUGCAGAAGAUAUUGUAAUACCGGAUAACUGCGCACCCUACGUGAAGGGUGUUCUAGUCCCAGGAGGCGUCGUUGCGGACCGAGUCGAUAAACUGGCGCAUGAUAUUCGAAAACAUUUCAAAGAGGGCGAGCUGCAUAUGGUAUGCAUCCUCAAAGGGGCCCAUACCUUCUUUGGUGACCUGAGCGUUUCCAUAAUCAGGCAACAAACCGCCUUGGGAGAGGCGAAGGGCGUUCAGCUCUACCAGCACUUCAUACAUAUGAGCACCUACAGGAAUGCCAGCGCAACUGGGGAGGUCAAGUUCCUUGCGGAGGACCUGUCAUGCCUCAAAGGGAAGAACGUGUUAGUAGUUGACGACGUCGUGGAGACAGGCAACACCCUAAGAUACGUCUCCGAUUGGUUAGCGGGCAUGCAGCCAAAGAGUGUGCACACUGCAUGCCUCGUGCAAAUAAGAAGCGAAGGCCAAUUGCCCUCGGUGGACUUUGUGGGGUUCUCUGGCCCGAGGGAGUGGCUUGUAGGAUAUGGGAUUGAUUACAACGGACUGUUCAGGGAGGGGCCCCACGUCUGUGUUCUGAGCGAGGAUGCAAAGAAGGCGCUGGCAGUAUAA